GGCAGCAGGGCCAGGCGUGCUCCGGGCGGGACAGGUGACACCGGGCGGGACCGUCGGAUAACCACGGGCGGUCGUGGGCUGGGAGCUCCGCGGGCUGUAACCGCGCGAGGCAGGAGGCGGAGGGGUCUUUUCGACUCGGCCCGGGGUCGCCGUUCGCUGCUUUGCGCUUUUCCGGCUUCAAGGACGGGGCGGGGCCUGCGCUGCACCGCCUGCCACCCUCGAGCAUGACGGCACGUUGACGCCACAGCGCCUCUUCAGCGCCCCUUUCCGGGGUCCGCACUAAGGGGCGGAGUCUGGGUUGCGCGGCCAGCCAACCGCGCUCGCGUAUGCAAAUACCCGCAGGCCCCGCCUCCAGGCGCGGCCCGCGCGGUCCUCGAGCCUGCGGAUCCCGGUCCAGGCGCUCAGGCCCGGAUGCCACUUGCAAUUUGCGCCCUGCCGCCGGGGGGCGCCAGAGCACUGUGGCCCCACGCAUGCCUGCCCGACAGCGUCCGCAGCCCCGCGCCGGACGGCCAAAGUGCCAGCCCGGCCCCGGAGAGCUCUGCACGAGGGCCCGGAAGAUCGUGUUUGCGGAUGAGCUGCGCCCCCCGGCCCCACUGCACCCAGAGAAGCGUCCCAAGGAUCUGGGACACCGCCCCAAACCAGUGCCUGACUACGAGCUUAAGUACCCACCAGUGACCAGCAGAAGGGACCGGAGCCGCUAUGCCGCAGUGUUCCAGGACCAGUACGGAGAGUUCUCGGAGCUCCAGCGGGAGGUGGGGGCCACACAGGCUAAGCUCCAGCAACUGGAGGCCCUGCUGCUGUCACUGCCCCCGCCGCAAAGCCAGAAGGAGGUCCGCAUGGCAGCUCAUGUCAGGAGAGAGUUUGAGAAGAAGCAGGCGGAUCCUGUCUUCCUGGAUAAGCAGGCUCGCUGUAACUACUUGAAGGGUAAACUGAGGCACCUCAAGGCCCAGAUCCGAAAAUUUGAUGACCAAAGGGACAGCGACAGCGAGGACUCCGUUUACUUCUGAGUGUCCUGGGGAGAUGGUGGCCAGCUCCUCCUCCCAUGGGGAACCACACCAGUUCUUCCAGGGGAAGCAAGUCCCUGUUGAGAAUCCCAGAGAAUAAACAUGGAUUAGACACCUAC